AUGGCAGCAUUGAUUCUGUACCUGCUAGUGAUGUCAUCGAUACAGACUUUACAGAUGUUAAACAUGGCUGCAGUAUUUGCCAGUGGUGACCUACUUCUGGCCAGACAGUUGACAGGUUCAGGUUUUCAUAGAAACUUGGAGACAUUACUCACUCUACCAGAGAGUAUCAUUCUUCAACACAAGUCCCCUGAGUGUUCACUUCUUCUGUUUGAGACAUUGCCUCCUGGUGCUUAUGCCGAUCCAUUCCAGAUUAAUUCCCUAAAGCCGUUUGGUGGACCUCAGGUACUUUUUGACAGAAUUGUGAACAUCGAAGCAGCUGAGUUUUCAUCAAAGCCUCAUGAGCUCUUCAUUUUUCUAAGUUUAUAUAAACAUGUAGCAGCUGAAAGGUCGUCAGAAAAAACUCUGGAAGUUUCCCUACCAAUACAUGCUCGUUACCACAAGCCAUCUGUUGAUGCUAAAAUAUCACACUCAUUUGUGACUAUUUUACCUCCGGGGCUGUACUCAAAUUGUACACCUUCAGACGCAGCUGAUACUAUCAUGGCUCCAUGUGAUGUGAACAAUUCUUCCAUGUGUCUCUGGACUCAUCUUCCUUAUAAAAGUAAUUUUCCUGUAGUUCAGCUCAGUGUUCCUGUUGGCCAGCAGAGUGACAUCCCUUUGGUUGUUGUGGCAACUCUAUUCAUCACUGUGACUGUGUGUGCUGUUUUGGUGAGGUUCCUUUGGACAUCACAGCAAGAGACACACAAUAAACAUUUAUAA